AGCGCCAUGAGCUGGUCGACGCUCUUGGCCUGCAUGCCGGCCAGCGCCUGCUGGUCGAGUUCCUCGUCCCACUACGAAAUGGCUCAUUCCGCCGGAGGCGAGGAUGCCGACGCGGAUGUCCUUGGGCCACGACUCGAUGGCGGAACGCAGAGCCUGUCCGAGGUUGAAGCACCGCUUGGGCGUCGGCUGGUUCGGCGGGUAGUAGGUGUUGAGCAUGACGGGCACCGCCGGGAUGAUGCCGUCGGUCAUCAGGCGGUUGUACACGUAGCCGAAGGCGUGCCCGAUGCCGCCCUUGGCGCGCCCUCCCCGGUCGGGGUUGAGGAACUUGGAGCUGCCCACGUCGAACUCGGCGUCCAUGAGGCUGUCGAUGAUGUGCAGGCCCAGUGCAGCGUCCGUGGGCGCGUACACAUCCUCGGUGCUGUAGCCAAUGAGAUGCUCGCCGCCCGUGGACGGGCCGGCCUCAUGCCCGGACACCUUCACCUGGUCUCCCCAGUAAACGCAGAAGGCCGGCAUGUUGUCGUCCAGCAGGUACUCAUGCUGGUCGUCGCCAACCAUGACCAGCACGUCCAGGUUGGCGUCGUUCAGCUUUUUGGCCAGGUGAGCGAUGGCCUUCUGGUUCUGCGCGUGGCGCUGUUCAAACUUGGCCGGCGUGAUUUCCCUGGCGAUCCGCUCGGUGUCGGUGCGGGCCAGCAGGUCCUCGAAGUUGGAGGUGAUGCCGUCGGUUCCAAUCAGUUCAACAUGGCCCUUGUCGCGCUCGCCGCGGCCGGCCCAGCCUUCCGCUGGGGUGCUCAGUUGCGGGCUGUGGGAGGAAGCCAGUCCCAGUACCAGUUCUGCCAUAGUAGGGCUCCUUUGAGUGGUGGUUGCCGUUGAUCGGCGGGCCAGUAUCCGGAGUCGCUGAGACGCCGGCUCGAACCCAAUUUUGAGCCCAUUCUACCGCAUGAGCCAUGCAGACCUACGAGCGAGAAUGCGGUCGUCUACGCCUUCCGUUUGCUUGCGCCUCUCGUAGCCCCCUGUAUAUCAUUGCGGCAGUACGGAAUCCACUGCCGCUUCGCCGCAGCAGCGGACCAAUGAGCGCGCCGGUGAGGCAACUACCGUGACGAAAGGAGCGAGACUGGUAUGAAGUACGAUUACAUCGUGAUUGGGGCGGGCUCCGCUGGCUCGAUUAUCGCAGCCGCCUGACCGAGGACCACAGCAAGCACGUGCUGUUGAUCGAGGCGGGCCCCGACUAUCCGGAGUUCGAGCAACUGCCCGAAGAGGUGAAGUUCGGCUACAACACCGAAAUCGACAUCAUGGUCAGCGACCAUAACUGGCAAUUCGUGGGCAAGGGCACCGACACCUCGCCGGAGAUUAUGGUGCCCCGCGGCAAGGUCACCGGCGGCUCCAGCGCCAUCAACGGCCAGGUGUUCCUGCGCGGCGUGCCGGAGGACUACGACGGCUGGGCCGCCCAAGGCAACGAUGAGUGGGCCUACACCAAGCUGCUUCCGAUCUUCCGGCGCAUCGAGACCGACACGGACUACGGCAACGACGACUUCCAUGGGGGCGACGGGCCCAUCGUCAUGCACCGUUUCGCCCGGGAAAGCUGGCUGCCGGCCCAGAACGCCUUCAACUCUGCCUGCGUAUCGGCCGGCUAUCGAGAAGUCUGGGACCACAACCACCCGGAUUCGCAAGGCGUCGGACCCACCCCCUUCAACAACCCCAACGGCAUCCGGAUGAGCACCAAUCUGGGCUAUCUCUCCGAAUCCCGCCACCGGCUAAACCUGACCAUCAAGGCCAACUGCCACGUUCAGCGGAUCCUGUUCGACGGCGACAAGGCCAUAGGCGUGCAACUGGAAUCGGGCGGCGAGACCUUCGUGGCCGAAGGCGAUGAAAUCGUUCUCAGCAGCGGCGCCAUUGGCUCGCCUCACAUUCUGAUGCUAUCCGGCAUCGGUCCCGCGGCACACCUCCGUGAGAUCGGGAUCCCGGUGAUUCACGACUCCCCCGGAGUCGGCCAGAACCUGCGCGACCAUCCCACCGUCUGGUGCACCUGGCGCACCAAGCCCGAGGUGGAGCUUGACGGGCUGGCUCCCCGCUCGCAGUUGUCCCUGCGUUAUACCGCCGACGGGUCGGAGCUGCGCAACGACAUGAAGAUCAGCAUGCAGUCCUUUGCCACCGAGCGCAUCAACCGUGGCGGCGACCGCAUGGUGCCCCUGGGCAUCCGCAUGAGCACCGGCAUCCAGCUGGCGGCCGGAGCUGGACACAUGCGCCUCCAAUCCACCGACCCGUACCAGCAGCCAUUCCUGGACUACAACUACCUGAAGGAGGAGUCGGACCGGGUGCGGCUGCGGGACUCCGUGCGCCUGUGCAUGCAGUUGGCGGACCACCCCGAUUUCCAGACCCUGAUCCAGGAGUGCAUGGAACCGCCGGCCGACGCCCUGGUGAGCGACGAUGCGCUGGACGCAUGGAUCGCCCGCGAGGUCACCACUUCGCAGCACAUCUCCGGCACCUGCAAGAUGGGCCCGGACAGCGACCCCAUGGCCGUGGUCGACCAGUAUGGCAAGGUUAAGGGCGUCACCAACCUGCGGGUCGCCGACGCCAGCGUCAUGCCCGACUGCAUCCGCGCCAACACCAACGUCACAUCCAUGACCAUCGGCGAGCACGUCGCCGAGUUCAUUCAGGAAGGCCGGUAA